AGGACCAGGCAAGAACUCACGUCAGCGCUUCUUUUGACAGCUCCUCUAUUCACGACAGUUCGACUUUGAACCUGUUUGUUUAAAUAAACGGACUUUAAAACUCAUGGUCAUAUCAGCGUGUAGACGGGGAAAGACACGCUCCGCGGCUUCCAGCCUCCGGACUCCAGAGAAGUUGGUCUUUUCCCCGGGACCCAAACAACGCACGCGGCUAAAUGCAUGUCUUCUUGGCAUACGCCGGCAGCAAUUUCGCGCACGGAUAAUGGCGUAGAUAAAUCAGAUAAAAUACAGAUUAUUUGUUUCCCCCACCCCCUAUGCUUUAAACCGUGGGGGGCUGUGAAGUAUCCAGGGGAGGGGGUAGCCUGGAACGCAAAGGGGACCUGUGCCACCUUACCACUCCGUCCCGGAGUGCCCGUCUGACGGGGUGGGAUGCGGCUCUCCGUGACCGUUGGUUUCCUCAUCGGCUGCGCCCUGUUUCUCACACCUGUGACCGAGGGCUGUGGGCCGGGGAGGGGGUACGGCAAGAGACGUCCGCCAAAGAAGCUGACACCUCUCGCUUACAAGCAGUUUAGUCCGAAUGUCGCGGAGAAAACACUGGGAGCAAGUGGCAGAUACGAGGGGAAAAUUACCAGGAAUUCCGAUCGAUUUAAAGAACUUACGCCGAACUAUAACACGGACAUUAUAUUCAAAGAUGAAGAGAACACGGCUGCGGACAGAUUGAUGACCCAGCGCUGCAAGGACAAACUGAACGCCCUGGCCAUCUCGGUGAUGAACAUGUGGCCGGGUGUCAAGCUGCGGGUGACGGAGGGCUGGGACGAGGACGGCCACCACUCGGAGGAAUCCCUGCACUACGAGGGCCGCGCGGUGGACAUCACCACCUCCGACCGCGACCGAAACAAGUACGCCAUGCUGUCCCGGUUGGCCGUGGAGGCCGGUUUUGACUGGGUCUACUACGAGUCCAAAGGCCACGUGCACUGCAGCGUCAAGUCAGAACACUCAGUAGCAGCUAAGACAGGGGGAUGUUUCCCCGGCGCGGCGCUGGUGUCCCUGGAGGGCGGAGCCAGGAAGGAGGUGAGGCAGCUGCGUCCGGGGGACCGCGUCCUGGCGUCCUCGGGGGCGGACGGCGGCGGCCCUCUCGUCUACAGCCGCUUCCUGACCUUCCUGGACGGCGAAGCGGCGGCGAGGAAGCUGUAUUACGCCAUCGGCACGGCCUCGGGCGCCGUGCUCCGCCUCACCGCCGCUCACCUGCUGUUUGUGGCGCGGGGGAACUGCUCGGGCGUGGCCGCGGGGGCGCUGAGGACGGUCUACGCCAGCGACGUGCGACCCGGACACUGUGUUUUGACCACCGAGGGGGGGGUGGAGGCCGGGGUGGAGGCCGGGGCGGAGGCUCGCCCGUCAGCGGUCACCUGGGUGGAGCUGAGGGAGGAGUCGGGGGCGUACGCCCCUCUGACGCAGCACGGCUCCCUGGUGGUAGACGGGGUGCUGGCGUCCUGCUACGCUGCUGUGGACCAGCCCCGCCUGGCCCACUGGGCCCUGGGGCCCCUCCGCCUGCUCUACUCCUGGACCAGCCCUGGGGAGGCCCCGGGGGGCGGCCUGCACUGGUACCCCCAGGUCCUGCUACGGAUAGGAACGCUGCUACUGGGGCAGGAACACUUCCACCCUUGGGGGGUAGGGGGCGCCACCCACGGCGCCCACAGGACCGCAGGAGAGGAGAGACAGCGGGGGGAGAUGGAGGGACCGGACAGGAUGAGGAGGUGUGGAGAGUGAUGGAGAGAGAGAGAGGAUCAGAGGGAAACAGGAGGAUGGCCGUAUGAGAGAAGGGAUGGUUGGAGAUCUUCCAGGAGAGCCAGAGAGACUCACUGGUUGUUUAUUUAUGGAGUUGUUGGGUGUUUGGAAAAUGUGGUGAGAGAUUAAGCCAGUAUCCUCCAACACACACCACACACCACACACCACACACACACACUAGGGAAAUCUUAAUCAAGUCCUUAAACUUGCUCGCAAGCAGCCAGCCAUUCAGAGAAGCAUUUGUUUACCAGUCUGCCAAGGGGAUUGGCUUUUUCAUUUCUCUCUGUCCUUCUGUCUAUGUCUGUCAAUCAAUCUGUCAUCUGUCUGUGUGUCUGGUUAUUUGUGAACCAUUCAACGAUUCAACAUCCAUACAUACUUUUUCUCUCUUGGUAGGAAUGAGAGAUACGUCUUCAGCUUCCGUGGGUUUGGUCAUUCAUCUGUCUGUCCAGAGUUACUAUGUCCAUCAGUCUAUCCAUUCUGGUCAUUCUUCAUUCAUCAUUAAGUCCCUCACAGUAGGCUAAAGUGACCGUCCUCGCUACAUAAGGAAUCACUUGGAUCUACUAUACAUGAGGAAUCCAUGACUUAUGCUCCUAAUUCCUCAAUAACUGUCCGUUCAGGAUAGUUUCAAAACAUAUAAUUUUUACUUCAAAUUGGGUGCAGUGUAAUAUCAAACCUAUGUCAGCUGAAUUCAUGUCAUAUGACCCAAAACUCUCCUUUUAUGAAUGUUCUGUUUAGCCGAAAUGCCACAUGGCUAGCCAUGAGUAGUCAAUGGCAAGAUGUUUGAAGUUAUCCUAAGUGAAUCUUCUGACAAUAAGAUCACUUCUAAUUAUAUUGCUUUAAAUCAGGUUUUGCACACAUACUGUUGUACAAUGAGGCUAAUGUAUGUCAUUUUAAGUUUAGCACAAGACCUUGAGUUCUUCAUACUUUAAGUAGCCAUUCUGAAAACAAUCCUGCAACUCUAAAACAAGCAUGCA